GUAUCCAGAGGCAUUCAGAAUGGUCCAGUGUUUGACAAACCAUCGUAGGCUGUCCUACAAUGCAGCCUCUAACAAAACUAGGCUGUCCCGAACCCCUGGUAACAGAAUUGUUUACCUUUAUACCAAGAAAGUUGGGAAGGCAUCAAAAUCUGCAUGUGGCGUGUGCCCAGGCCGACGUCGAGGAGCCCACAUCGUGAGACCUAACGUUCUUACGCGACGGUCUAAAACAAGGAAGCACCUCAGCCGGGCUUGUGGUGGCUCCACGUGUGCUCCACGCGUCUGUGACAGGAUCAAGGAUGCUUUCCUUAUUGACGAGCAGAAAGUCAUUGUGAAAGUGUUGAAAUCACGAGCACAGAGUCAGAAAGCUAAAUUUAAAAAUGAAGCUUUUUUGAGUAAUAAAAAAGUGAAAAAGAGGGGGAAAAAAGAAACAUUUAGUCCUUGGCAGAGGGGUGGGAAAGGUUUCCACAAAACCUGGGGGAAGCAGAAUCAGCCGUGAUGGAGGAAGGCAGGAGAGCUGAAAGCACCCUCCCUCAGCCCCUCCUCCCCCUGCAGGGGAUUCCACGUUGCACCCUGGGAGUUCCCCGUCUGGUUCUGGGUUAAACACCUGGGGCUGAAUUAGGCCAACAGUGCAUGACAGAUGUGAGCCUUCUCAUCCGCGGGCCAGCCCCGGGCUCUGCGAACUCUUCUCUGCCCAGCUCCUCCUGGCCCAGAGCUGGAGGCUUAGCUGGCAUAACGUUACCAAGCCGGGGGGGAGGGAAACCUGGAGGCUGGGAGAGUGAUUAUAGCUCCUGAACCUGAGAAGCCUCCCUGCUUUGUCCCCUUCCACCAGGCCUAGAACCUUCCGGGCUCAUUCCCUUGACAGCUCAGCAGAAACUCUUGCGAGUUUCGUUUUGUUUUGAACCGUCUUGUUGUUGCCUUACGUUGACCCAUCAGCUAAGAGGUGGGAAGAAGGACAGCGUUCCCUCCUUGUC